UGACCUUGCGCCACCUUUCAAAUUCGCCUUCAUUUUCCCACUAUUUUUUCUCGGAAAAAAAGCGUGGCUAGAAAACAUCGGAGAGAAAGAACCGUUCCUUUAGUCCAGUUCAAUUCAACUACCCACCGUACACGAUGGUGGACGGCGGAGAAUUCGCCGGCACCAUUUGCUCGAUCUGUUAUGAGCCUCUCAACCCCAUUACCGAGGACCUCCAAUCGGUUUCCAUCUGCGGCCACGUCUUUCACGAGCUUUGUCUGCAGCAAUGGUUCGAGUACUCUUCGAAAGGGAAGAAACACACUUGCCCCAUUUGCAAACAGAGUUGCGGGGCCAAUGACGCGUGCAGGCUUUAUUUUCAGUCAGUGGGGGACCCGAGCGAUGGCGGGAAGCUUCUGAAGAGCUUUGAAUCUGAGGAAAAUGUCGGGCUUCUGCGUACGGAAGUGAAGAGAUUGGAGGUGAAAGUUUCGGGGCUUAAUUCUGAGCUAGAACGGCAAACAAAGGAAUUAGAAGGAGUUAAGCAGGAGGUGCUUUUAUUUAAUUUUAUUUUGUGUUUUAUUGUGUUAUUUAUUCUGUUUUAUAUAUGGGUGUGUUUAGUAGGAGACUAAGAAGGACAUUGAC